GUCGUUUGUGUGCGUCGCGGCCGUCCAUAACGCUAACCGCUUCCCGUGUUGUGUCGUUGUGUUUGUGUUUAUUAUUUCAUUUUCUUGUGCCUUCACCGCCCUCCUCGUGCCGACAAUCAAUCGUCGUCGACGCACGGGAGCAGAUCAAUUAAUAUUAUCGUCGGGUGUCGCAGCCGAUAAUUGUUUACCAUCGCUGAUUUCUCGUCGCAGUUAGCAAACAUCUCAUGAUGAAAAGUAAGGAAGUUGUAGCAGGUGACUCGGAAAACGAAUUUGAAGUAGAUGAACCAGAAGAAGUGGGAGAUCAUUCUGAUGAUGAAUGGGCUCCAACAGCUGCUGCCAAAACUCCGGGUAAACGAGGACGACCAGCCAAAAGUGCACCUGCUAGUAAAAAGAAGAAACCAAAGGUUUCUGAUGAUGAUGAAGAAGAAGAAAUACUACCUAAAAAAGAGAGAGGAUCAAAAGCUAAACCACCCCCACCUGCACCAAUACCAACAUCAGCUAGAGGUCGGGGAAGAGCAACUAAAGUAUUAAAAGUUGAGCCUGAAGAAGAGCCGGAAGAUGAUGAAGAGGAUGAAGACAUUGAAGAAGAUGAGGAAGAUGAAGAAGCAGAAGAUGAAGAAGAGGAGGAAGAAGAUGAUGAUGAUGUAGAAGAAGAGGAAGAAGAGCUUAAUCAAGGACCAAACGCAAAGCCAGCUAAAAAAUUCACUUCGGGAGCGUUUGUCGUACUCAAGACUGAUAUGAUUGGUAAAGGUAACCCUCCUGUAUGGAAAAUCGACGGCAAGGCGUUGUUACAAAAGUAUAUUCCAUUCAAACAGGAUGGUAAAGUAUUAUACAAAAAUACUUCCGUUUAUUCUGGUUGGGGUUCCAAUGUUAAAGAGCAGUACUACUCUGCACCUAUAUCAUUUAUACAGCAAACGCGUAAAGAACACAUUAUAGAAUUUUACAAAGAUAAAAUUAAGAAAGAUCCUAAAGUUGAAGAAGCUGCCAAGAAAGAAUUAGAAGAGGAAGAAGAAGCUGAAUUAGAAGAUGAUGAUGAUGAAAAGGAGGAACAAGAUGAAGCGUAAUAUUGUUACAUUAAGCCGGAUAAGUAUGACUGUUCACAUAAAAUUUGUGUUUUAAUAUUUUUUUUUCUGUAUAAUUAGUAUCAGCUUUUCAAUUGAAUGUUGACCAUGAUAAUUUGUAUUAUAUUAUUUGUUUAUUUUGAAAUCCAAUUAGCAAUAAUAAUAAUUUGUAAAAUUAUUUUAAUUAUUACUAUCAGUUGUAACCAAGAAUGUGGAUGGUCCUUUUAACUAUUGUUAAAUGUUUCACUUUUUUUAUUCCUUAAUAAUUAGAUUAUAACUAAAAUGUCUAUAUCCAUAAUUUUUUUAAAAAUACAAUUUUAUUCAUGUAUUUAUAUAAAUAUAUACUGUACGGUUAAUAGUUAUGAAACAAUUAAAAAGUAUAAAUUUAAUAUGCAAAAAA